AAUGCUCCUUGUAAUGGCGACCGUGCCGUUGAUGUGCCUAUGUUUGUGAAAAUGAAGCGGAGAAGAAGUUAUUUCUUUUAACUAAAACGCCGAGGUUCCCGAGAGGAGGACUUUGCGUCAAUAACCGUCAUCUUCAUACGCGGUAAACGAAGCUGUACUUUUAUAUUUUUGUGCUCCCGAAAUGAUGAAGCUCAAGUCCAACCAAACCCGGACGUACGACGGGGAUGGCUACAAGAAGCGGGCCGCCUGUCUGUGCUUCAGGAGCGAGUCGGAAGAGGAGGUGCUCUUGGUGAGCAGCAGUCGACAUCCUGACAAGUGGAUUGUUCCUGGAGGGGGAAUGGAGCCUGAAGAGGAGCCAAAUGCUGCCGCAGCUCGAGAAGUGUGUGAAGAGGCGGGUGUGAAGGGGACCUUAGGUCGCUUAGUUGGAAUAUUUGAGAAUAAGGAGAGGAAACACAGAACCUACGUGUAUGUUCUAAUUGUAACAGAAGUACUGGAGGACUGGGAGGACUCUGUCAACAUUGGGAGAAAAAGGGAAUGGUUUAAAAUAGACGAUGCCAUACAAGUGUUGCAGUGUCACAAGCCUGUUCAGGCCACCUACUUCGAGGCUCUCCAGGAGAGUUGCCUGACCAGUAAUGGAACGCCACUUGUGACCACGAUAGGCGAGGAUCUCUCACCAACCUACAGCAUCAAUCAGAGCUCCGUCUCGGGUAUCAGAUAACUAAAAACAAUAAACUUCCCCCCCCCCCGGAGCUUUUGCCACCACUUGCGCUCUUACUUGUGUCACUUCUCUCUUUCUCCUCUCCUUUGUUCUGUCCUCUCUACUAUAUAUUUUUUCUCAGUAACAUGGUUUGCCUUGCCAACUCCUUUGUGCCAGAAUUGUGGCACAGACUUGAUGACAGGUGUUAGGUGAAAAGUCUGAAACACUUUGUAAAUGUAAAUGUAAUUUUGGAUCCCUGUUUUUUUUUUUUUUUUCGUUGUUUUUCUUCUUACAUAAAAAAAUGCAUGAAGUAUCCCCUCAUUCCCUGUCCUUUAUGCACCCUUAGUGUGGUGUCAAAUGAAUGCAAGAACUACUUUUUACUGUUGUAAUGUAAAAGUGUAUGCGUAGUGCUUAAGCUGAAGGCUUUUGGUGGUCUUUUUAAUGUCUUCUCCAUUAUUUCGGUUGUUUUCUGUGACUGAAUGUGCCCAUAAGUGUGCUCCCCUCCCCCCCCUGUUGUAAGGAUAGGAAAUAGUGCGUAUCAGAAGCAAAAGAUUUGUGGGAAGCGUCUUGCAUGAGCACUGUUCUGUUGUGUCUCGCUCACGUGAGUGACCCGAUGCUGACUGUGCAACAGAUUUGUGGCAAGGUCUUUGGCUUUUCUUCUUACUGUAGUUUUUUGUUUCUUUUCUUUUUUUAUGCUCGGCUUUUAAGCACGGUUCCUAGUUUUUCAAUUUCGAUAGACUUUCAAGUGUCAACUGUGUUUCUCCUUAAUUUGGGAAGCUAGCCAAGCACUACAGGUUUCACUCUCAAGCUGAGUGUAUACAGUAAACUGUACAGAGAGUGGAAGAAUGUUGAGAUAUGAUGUAAAACUAACUCCUUCUUGAUAGAUUGACCUAGUUUUAAUCCCAUUCUUUCCUUCUAUUAUAUACUCUUGUGACUACAAAGUCUUCCUCCCCCUAAUUAGAGGGUGAAAGAAGUAGAUUUAAAGAAUCAUUCAUUUCAGAAUUGAGCACAUAUCACUUAAGUUAUUAAAACCCAUGUCUGUGUUUUACUCCUCACAUUCAGUUUGGUUGAAAAACAAUUGUUUACAUUGUGUUCUUACCAUAGCACAGAUUACUUUAGCGGGCACUUUCAUUACAUACAUGAUUAUUCAAAUUUAUUUUAUUAUUUUUUUACCCUUAUUUUUUUUUUAUAUUUAAUCUGCAUCCCCAAGAAGACUCAGAACAGCUGAUUGACAUUGAAAGUAAUGGAUCUGUUAUCCUGUCUUUGGCAAAGAUGCAGAACAAACAAGCCUUGUACAGUUUGAGACCUCGUUUUUAACUUGUAAAAUGCUUUUGGAUACUUAUUCUUUCUCUUCUCUCUAACGUUUGGCAAGUCUCUUUAGCCGAGCUGCGUCACGUGGUCUUGAUGAGUCAUGUGGCAGCAGGCUCAAUACUGUGAAACUGGAGGCGCUGUAGAUAGCAUGUAAGAGGUUUUUAUUGUAAAUUGUUUAUUUCUGUAUAGAUCAAAGGUGAGAGUGCAAAUGACAAAAAACCUCUUACACAUCUUUGAGUGCUACGUGUCAUUUCAGCUGCGGCUGGAAGAACUAAAAACUUCUUUGUUGGCUUAUGAGCUGUUGGGAUUUUUUCCUUUUUGAGAUGGCAAACAGUAUACCUGAGACUAAAGAACAAGGAAUGUGGUUGUGAGAUUAAAGAGCCUUUUUUUAAUAAUAAAAUAUAUAAAUAUAUAUAGAUUUACACACGUGGAUUCCCUUCAGAUUGUAAACCACGAGGGUUUACCUGUUUGUUUUUUGGAUCAAGUGUAAAAUAAUGAAUUACUGCCACGGAAAUGCAACUGAAAUUUCUUAGCUGCUUCUCAGAUUAGAGAUUAGCAAAUCUGUUGUCUUGUAUUUGGUGCAUUUCUCUGCCCUGAAAGCACAUCAACACAGGUUUCCUGUCUGUUGAAACUUAUUAGAAUACCCUUCUUAUAGACGUUAUAUUUGGGUAUAAAAGAAGAUCCACAAUUAAAAUGUCUGGUAUAUUGGUAAAACCUACUUACUUACAAGCCAAGUGAUCCAGUGAAGUUUAUACAUUGCAAAUAAACUAGUAAAUCACAAACAAUAGCCAGAACAACAGGCUUUAGUAUCUUUACAAAUUAUUUAAAUGGUUAACUUUAAGCACCUUGUUAGAGGCAAUUCUGUGGAUGUUUUCCGCAUCUGUAAUCAAACAGUUCAGUUCUGAUCGAGAGCAAAA